AUGGAAGCAGAAGGACAGUGGUGGAAAAGCCAGCUUGCUGCAGACAUCCAUCAGGCUCUUCGAAUUAAAGAGCUGAAGCUGCCCACGUACCGUGCUCAUUCACCACAAAUCGGAAUGAGGCGUUAUUUUGCUGACCUGCUCGCUGUUCUCAGUAACCGUUACCAAUUGUGCCCCACUGCACGUCACCUGGCGGUCUACCUGCUUGACCUCUUUAUGGACCAUUAUGACGUAGCAGUGAGACAGCUUUAUGUCAUAGCCCUCUCCUGCCUCCUGCUAGCAAGUAAAUUUGAGGAGAAGGAGGACCGGGUACCCAAACUGGAGCAACUGAAUACAUUGGGCUUCAUGUGCAGUCUAAACCUUUCCCUCAACAAGCGUGACCUCAUCAAAAUGGAACUGCUGCUGCUGGAGACAUUCGGCUGGAACUUGUGCAUGCCCACGCCGGCACACUUCAUUGACUACUACCUCCAUGCUGCUGUGCAGGAGGGAGACCUGCACAACGGUUGGCCUCUGACCUCUCUGUCCAAAACCAAAGCCUUCAUGGACAAGUAUACUCACUAUUUCCUGGAGAUCUCGCUGCAAGACCAUGCCUUCUUGAGCUUUCGGCCCUCUCAGGUGGCUGCAGCCUGCAUUGCAGCCUCUCGCAUCUGCCUGCAGAUCUCCCCCAGCUGGACCACAGUGCUCCACCUGCUCACGGGCUAUUCCUGGGACCACCUUACUCAGUGCAUUCAGCUCAUGCUGAUUGCACAUGACAAUGAUGUUAAAGAAGCCAACAAGACCAAGUCCCCAACAACAUCCAGCCAAAAUGUACCACCUCAGGCUCAUCCAUCACCCGGCUCAGCUCCGACAGUCCUGCAAAGACACCCUUCAUCAUCAUCUCAGCAGUUACUCAUUCAGACUGGCAGCUACCCGCCACUGUCGCAGCAUUCCCCUGCCCUGGCGCAGCUGCACAUGCUGGCUGAGUGCCAGGCCGUCAGCGCAGUAGGCACAAGGGAAUACCUCCAGCCUCACCAGGCCAGCCUGCUCUCGUCCUCCAUGCAGGCUUCAUCAUUUUCUUCUUUUCCCUUGACAUCGGGGCUGUGUGGUCUGCCUCUGCAGGGGCCCCUCACCAUGCAGGUGAGCAUGGCAGCAGAACCACGGCCUUGUAUGGGCUUGGCGUACACCAAUGGCUACCUGGGCUCCCACCAUGGUUUUACAGCGAGCUGCUUUGAUAGGUGA